AUGUCGCUCGUGCGGCCGUUGUUCGGCCAUCGAAUACCUCGCACCGGACGAUACGUCCCCAAGACCCUGUCUCAACAAGCUCGUCACCUCAGCAACAACCACAACCACAACAAAGACACCGAUGCACCUCUACCUCUCAACAGCGCCCGACCUCGUAGCUCACGAUCUCGCGGUCACAAGGCGGGUAUCUACGUAGCCUCGACUAUACUGGCUUCCCUCGGGUGGCUCGCCUGGGAUGCCUCCGCAUAUCCUCAGUAUUCUCGCUCUGAGCAUCCGGACGUCCUCUUGCAGUCGAUGAAGUUUGGGGACUUGGUGAAGAGCUACCUGGCGUUCAGCUACCUCUCGAUCACUCCCAUCUUCGAACCCGACGAAUCGUCUCUCCUGGCCCCGAUCACCCGGCGCUUGACAGCUCUGGCAACAUCUCAUCAGUUCGGCACUGGCGAGACCUUGCGAGAAGUCUUCGAACUAGCCACCUCUCUCAACGAGAAACAUGGUAUCGGAGCCCUCAUCUCGUUCCCCUGCCCUGCUCCGCUUGUUGCAAGUUCAAGUUCAGGUUCAAGUUCACCUCCCGAUCAAGAUCAAGAUCGAGAUCGAAAUGCCGAACAAGAAUCCGAAGCGCAAGAAGAGAGCAGACGGGCACGAGCUACCGCUUACAAGGACGAGAUCUUCCGAGUCGUAGAUCUCGCUCGAGAUUACAAACAUGAACAUGCAAGUGAAAGUGAACGUCGAUCCGGCCCCGGGUCCGAAACCUCAAGGAAGGAGGGUCGAUUGGGGAUCAUGUUCAGAUUCUCUGGGUUGUUGCCUGAUCCCGAGGUCUUGACGCGUCGGUCGGAAAGGUUGACCGAAGAACGAGACAAGGCGUUGUCGUCGUCUUCGGUAUCAUCGUCAUCUUCGCCGUUGUUGUCAUCACCUCUACGAGAAAACCGACAAUCAGCUCUAAGUCUGAAGGUUCGGGAAGGCGACUGGGAGAGGCUCUGGUCCAUCGAUCAAUCCAACGGCUGGCAGAACAUCCGGGACGUCUUCGUCCUCGAUGACGCUUACGAGGCCGUCCGAGAGUUAAUUCAGAAGUCGAAAACCAUCGGUUUGGACGUCUACAUCGACCGUGAAGACCGCGAUCACACGGGCGACGCGGGAUAUAAAGAGAAACAGUCCUCGGUCGAUGUCCUGGUCGACAAGUUGAUGAGCGAAUUCAAUAAAUCCGAAGCUGGCCUGCCGGUGGUACAUGUCGCCAUGAAAGCGAGCUCGGCCGUGGAUGGCAGGAAGAUCAUUGGCCAGAUGGAGCGGGCGGAGGAGGCUGGAUAUUCCCUCGGUCUGAAAUUGGAUCAAGAAGACGGGAUGACAGACCAUAGGAUCGACGGUCCUGACGAGUAUCGCACGAUCGUGCAUCGAGUCUUGCAAACGACGCAAGAGCGACAACAAGCCAAGUCAGCGGUCCAUACCGCGAUCAAGCCUUUGUUCAUCACGCACGAUCAAGACAGCGUCGACCAAAUUCGGGACGACCUUGCGCAAAUGCAAUGGCCCGACAGGAACCGGAUCGCAGCUCUGGUCAGUGUAGGCCAAGAAUUCGGACAUAGAGAUGAUAUGAGCAGUAAACUUUUACAUGCUGUCAAGGCCGACGAGAUGGCUCAUGUGAUCAAAGUCUUGUUGCGUAAGGGGAAAGCAGGAUAUAUUGGACGAUGGGGCAAAGUUCAUGGUGUCGAGCGGAGUCGCCUGGCCAGUGAGAUCUUUCAACGAAUAUCUCCAGUGUGA